ACCCCGGUGUUUAAAACGAACGCAACACAUAGUAGUCCGUGCAAGCGCCUGAGAGAUCUUAACUUAUUUCGUCUCAAUGCCAGUCAGCGCGACAUUAAAUGUGAACAACGGCAACGCCACUGCUGCCCGUCCCUCCUGAGCGGCUGUCCGCAUUGUUUUUAUCAGAGCUCGUCGUUUCGAGCUUGUGUUUGCAGAAACUCGCCGCUUGCGUUGAAAUAUCUCAGUGGAGAAAGAACCGAGGGGAUGGAGGCUCAGGCUUCAAUCAACUCCAACCUGCCUCCGCCAAAAAAUGGGCCGCAGCUUAAUCAGCAGAAGAGAAACGCCAGGAGAAAGCAGCUGCAGCAUUCUGCUGAUAUAGUGUUCACUAAAGGGACAUCUAUCCAGACCCUGCCCUGUCUCAGCAAACAGCUGAAAGCAGUCACAGAGUGUAUAGUUGGUCUUCAGUAUGUGUGGGAAUACCGCAGCCCCAGUAAAUCUGUCCCACCACACUACCAAUGCAAACUCUGUGCUGUCUCCCGCUUACAGCAUGAUAUGCUUGCCCACGUAAGAGGCUGGAAACACAGCUUCAGAUACUUAAAAAAGAUCCACCCUGACAAGGUCACCCAUGAAGAGGAGGAGGCCAUCAGAGACCCUGCUGUAAGGAAGACAAUUAAAGAAGUUGCAGCUGAGGUGGAGAAGACUGAAGGGAGGGGACAACUCAAGGUGAUACUGAAGGAGCCCUGUGAAGUACCUGCUUUCAAAGGACUCCGUACUGCUGCUCCUAAAGUUAUGCCUCCACCACCACCACCAGGGAUGGGACUAAAGGGACCACCCUUCGGACCCAGGUUCUCUGACCCGAGGUUUCCAGGGGAGUUUCCUCCUCAGGGCGGUCCACACUCUGACUAUCCAGGCAGAGAGUAUGGGGAGCCUGGAUUUGGAGGCUACUCAAACAGUCAAGAUUUCCAUGACUGUGGUAUGGAUCAAAGACCUUUCCCAGACGGUAUGGAUCAAAGACCUUUCCCAGACGGUAUGGAUCGAAGACCUUUUGGGGAUGGUAUGGGUCGCCCAGGUGGAGAUAAUUUUGGACCAGGUGGUGGUAGAGAUGGCUAUGGGAGGAGUGGACUGAUGGAGGAGAGCCCCAGCAGAAUGUAUUCUGAUGAGUACCAGGGCAGCCAAAUGGGGAAUAGCUUAAUGGAUAGACCAAUGGAAAAGUCAAUUGAGAGGCCAGGCUUGAUGGGAGCAGCUCCAGAAAAUAACAGCCUUCCCAAUACACUACUCAAUUACCUGGAUUCUUUCCGGAUAGAAAAUGAGAAUGAUGCACAGCUGGUGCUGAAGGUGACACAGAAACUAACAGAUGUGCUGAUGGAGUACAGACUGAGGAGCGUAUCCAAGGGUUCUAGUCUGAGCAGCUUGUCAAUGAGCUCCACGAGCUUCUCCUCUACACCCUCGAGACUGCCAAGCAGUAGCGACCGAUACACAAGUAACUUCUCGGGUCCAUCCAGGUACUCUGACGGUCCACCCAGGUUUUACAAAUGACCAUCACAAGAUGUGACACCUUAAUCUUCUCAUCCCUCUGGCUCGUGUGUAUUGGUUAAUGAACUGUCCAGGAGUUGAUAACUUGAUCUUGUGUACAUUUAUAUGCUUUUAGGUAAAAAAAUUUUUCUGUUGCUACCUAGUAGUCUUUAGUAUCUUUGACUUCUCUAGAAGACUUAUGAUUUAAGUUUUACAUAAUAUUCUGUGCAAGUUUUCAUCAGCUUCAGCUGAUCCUAAGUGUAUGACCACUGUUUAUUUCCCAUGGUUCCCCAUUGGUCCAGUUAUUAUUAAAAGUAAUGGAGAAAACAA